CCCGCACGGCGGAGGCGCCCGGAUCGCAGCGAGGGGGUUGGCGCGGCGCUGGUUUUAUUUUAUUAUUAUUAGUUUUUGAAUAUUAUUACUUUUUUUUUCCCGUCCUCCUGCUCUCCGCCAGGAAGGGACGUUUCUGGCACCUCCGCCCUGCAGCCUGUGGAGCGGGGCCGGGCUGUGGAAGUGCACGCAAGGCUGCCCCGGGCGCCGAGAGGAGGAGAGACCCGCCGGAGCUUCCUCCCUGACGGCUGCUGCUCGGGAGAGCCGAGGAGGGGAGGGAAGGAGAGAGGAAAAAGAGAGACAGAAGGAAAAAGCUGCUCCCCGUGCAACAGCCUUCCCUCCCCGCGGCAGCGCUCCGGCCAUGGGAAAGUCGGCGCCUGCUCUGCGGUGAUCGCGGGACCCAGCGCGCGCUCGGCCCUCCCCGCCCCUGCGCAGAGAAACCCCCCACCCAACCCUGAAAGCAGAGACCCAACCAAACAAAUAACAGUAACAAUAAAGCAGUAACUUCCAACAAAAGACUCCGCCGGCGCACACGAGCAGAGAGCGCCUCGCCGCCGGGGCCGGCGGCCGCGAUGAGGACCGCGGGGCGCCCGCUGCCGCCGCUGCUGCCCGCGCUCCUGGGGCUGGGGCUCGGCCUGGGGCUGGGGCUGCCGCCGGCGCCGUGCGCGGCCGCGGCCGCCCGCGGGGCGCUGGUGGUGCCGCGCCGCCUGGGCGCCGCCGGCGGGAAGCAGCUCUUCCGCCUGGAGGCCUUCGGCGAGCGGCUCACGCUGGAGCUGGAGCCCGACAGCAGCUUCCUGGCGCCGGACCUCACGCUGCAGUACCUGGGCGGCCCGCCGCCGUCCUCGCCGCCGCCGGGCGACGACCUGGCGCGCUGCUUUUACUCCGGCACCGUCAACGGCGACCCCAGCUCCGCCGCCGCGCUCAGCCUCUGCGCGGGGAUGCGCGGCGCCUUCUACCUGCGCGGCCGCGAGUACCUGCUGCAGCCCGCCGCCGCCGCCCCCGGCCGCCCCCGCGGAGCCCACCUGCUGCGCCGCCGCGGGACCCGCCGCCGCGGCGCCGCCCGCUGCGCCGUGGCCGAGCGCGGCGCGGAGCCGCCGCCGGCGGGCGCGGAGCCCGAGGAGCCCGCGGAGCUCGCAGAAAGCAGAAGCAGAAGGAAGAAAAGGUUCGUGUCCAGCCCACGCUACGUGGAGACCAUGCUGGUUGCCGACCAGUCCAUGGCCGAGUUCCACGGCAGUGGGCUCAAGCACUAUCUCCUGACGCUGCUCUCGGUGGCGGCCAAGCUCUACAAGCAUCCCAGCAUUCGCAACUCCAUCAGCCUGGUCGUAGUGAAAAUCAUGGUCAUUUACGAGGAGCGGAAGGGGCCCGACAUAUCUUCCAACGCCGCCCUGACUUUGAGGAACUUCUGCAGCUGGCAGAAGCAGCACAACCCGCCCAGCGACCGGCACGCUGAGCACUACGACACAGCAAUCCUCUUCACCAGACAGGACCUCUGCGGUGCCAAGACAUGUGAUACUCUUGGGAUGGCUGAUGUGGGAACAGUUUGUGAUCUAAACCGCAGUUGCUCUAUCAUAGAAGACGAUGGUUUGCAGGCUGCCUUUACAACAGCCCACGAGCUAGGCCACGUGUUUAACAUGCCUCAUGAUGAUGCAAAGCAGUGUGCUAGUAUUAAUGGAAUAAGCCGGGAUUUCCACAUGAUGGCAUCUAUGCUUUCCAACCUGGAUCGAAGCCAGCCUUGGUCUCCGUGUAGUGCCUACAUGAUUACAACAUUUUUGGAUAAUGGUCAUGGUGAGUGUUUAUUGGACAAGCCCCACAAACCAAUACAGCUUCCUUCUGACUUGCCUGGCACGUUGUAUGAUGCCAACAGGCAGUGCCAAUUUACAUUUGGAGAUGAAUCCAAACACUGCCCCGACACAGCCAGUACGUGUACGACCUUGUGGUGUACUGGCACUUCUGGAGGACUGCUUGUGUGCCAAACUAAACACUUCCCUUGGGCAGACGGCACCAGUUGUGGAGAGGGGAAAUGGUGCAUGAAUGGCAAGUGUGUGAAUAAAACUGAGAAGAAGCAUUAUGAUACGCCGGUGCAUGGCGGCUGGGGCUCAUGGGGGCCCUGGGGCGAGUGCUCCCGGAGCUGUGGCGGUGGGGUGCAAUACUCCUUCAGGGAGUGCGACAAUCCCGUCCCCAGGAAUGGAGGGAAGUACUGCGAAGGGAAGCGGGUACAAUACAGAUCGUGCAAUAUCGAGGACUGUCCGGAUAACAAUGGCAAAACCUUUAGAGAGGAGCAAUGUGAAAAGCACAAUGAGUUUUCCAAGUCUCCCUUUGGAAGUGGACCUGCAGUGGAAUGGACACCAAAGUUUGCUGGUGUCUCUCCAAAGGACAGAUGCAAGCUGGUCUGCCGAGCAAAGGGAACAGGAUAUUUCUUUGUUUUACAGCCAAAGGUUGUGGACGGUACCCCGUGCAGCCCCGAUUCCACCUCGGUCUGUGUCCAGGGGCAGUGCGUGAAGGCUGGCUGUGACCGGAUGAUAGGCUCCAGUAAGAAGUUUGACAAAUGCGGUAUCUGCGGUGGCAAUGGAUCCACUUGCAAGAAAGUCUCUGGCACGCUUGUUAGAGCAAAACCCGGCUAUCACGACGUGGUCACCAUUCCGGCUGGAGCGACCAACAUUGAGGUCAAGCAGCGAAACCACAGGGGUGCCAGACACGACGGCAGCUUCCUCGCUAUUAAAGCUGCCGAUGGCACGUACAUCCUCAAUGGCGAUUACACCCUGUCGACGCUGGAGCAGGACAUCACUUACAAAGGCAGCGUGCUGAGGUACAGCGGCUCCUCUGCCGCCCUGGAGAGGAUCCGCAGCUUCAGUCCUCUGAAGGAGCCUCUGACCAUCCAGGUCCUCACGGUCGGGGACCUGCCCCAGCCUAAGAUCAAGUUCACCUAUUUUGUAAAGAAGCCUGUGCAGCCUGGCUCCGAGAAGGCUCCCAGUAAAAAGAAAGAGUCUUUUAAUGCCAUCCGGGAGAUCAUCUCGUCCGAGUGGGUCAUCGAGGAGUGGGGCGAGUGCUCCAAGUCGUGCGGCUCCGGCUGGCAGCGGCGCUCAGUCGAGUGCCGGGACCUGCGGGGGCAGCCGGCCGCGGACUGCGCCAGGGAGCUGAAGCCCAGCGACGUCCGGCCCUGCGCGGACGUGCCUUGCCCGCAGUGGCAGCUGGGGGACUGGUCGCCUUGUUCCAAGACGUGUGGGAAAGGUUUCAAGAAGAGAUUGUUAAAAUGUAUUUCUUACGAUGGUAGCGUACUGCCGCAAGAAAGCUGUGAGCCUUCCAAGAAACCGAAACACCUAAUAGACUUCUGUAAUGUUACGGACUGCAGUUAAAUAGUAUAAGUUGGGAAAGCUAAAGAUUUUUUUUUUUCCUUCAGAACAAUGCACUGAAAAUAAGAGGGCUAGAGGUGGCACAUGUGAUUUGUGUCCACAUUCAUGGGAGGAUUCAUUGAGGUGGGACAGUGCAAAUAAUUUUAGUUGGUGUUGCAUGGUAAUAAUAUCCCGCCAACAGCAAAUUUGAUAGGAUAGCAGACCAGUGUCACUAAUACGUCUUCAGCAGAUAAGGCCCCAGGGCAUUAUCAUUUCCUUUUUUAGUAUGUUACAAAUUAAACAAAACAUAAGCAGUGGCCAAAACAUGUUUAAGCAGACAUUUGGGGAUUGGGUUAUUUUUCCCUUCUUUUGGAUUUGUAUUGCGGUACUGAUCAAGUCCCCAGGUUUUUUAAGAGGAGGGACAGGGAGUGAAAAAGAUAGCUUAAAAUAAUUGGUCAGGGUUUACCUACCUCAUGAAGGGCAAAAAAACAGGAUUAGAAAAAAAGGAGCUUUAACUAUGUCAUUCAUGGCUGCUAUUAAGAGAAUAGUUUUAUAUAAAAACAAAGCCAUAUUCUCUACCUGUAAAGCGUAAAAAAUAAUCAAGAACAGUCAACUCCAUAGAUGACUAGAAUUUUUUUUUAAGUGUUUUUAUGUCAUCCCAAUGUGCCUGUCCGUUUGUCUCGUCCACCCUGAUGCAGUUGUGGUGACAUAUAUAACCCAGAGGCUAGAAAGAGUCGAAAUCUUCAUGGAGCAGGUAGCGCCUAUGAGUAAUUGCCUUCAGACUUGAUCCUACCAUACUGUUACCAAAUUCAUGGCAGUGAGGGUUUGAGUCAUGCUUUCACACUCAGAUCUUUUACCUUAUGCCAGCCAAUAGUAAUUAUUUGCAUUUGGGCAAAAAGAGAUCUAACAAAUCCCCGCUAUGAAUGGGAACCUCUCCCAUGUGGCCUCUGAUAGGUCUGUAGUGCUCAAAUCACUGAUAAGGCGAGAAGACAAAGCUGAAGGAUAGCAGGUCCAUCCGCAGCAGUACGCCAACGUUUGCAUAAUUAAAGUUUGUGCCAGUCCAUAGACAAUGAGAGAAUAUGGCUUUCCAUAUGUAUAUAGUAAAAUAUAUUACUAUAGAUUUUAUAUACUUUAUAAGUAUUUUAUAUUUCUUUGCCUUCUGGGAAGGGUUAUAAUUUGUAAUAAAUGCAUAUAAUGAGUGUAUUUAUUUUUAUACUUCUUGUCUAAUGUGAUCUUCUAAGUUAUCGCUUUUUUAAGAGGACAUAUAACAAGAUAGAGUAUUUAUACAGUAUAAUAUGUUACUAGAGGUAAUAAAUGAACCCUAUAAAUUUUGGAAA